UUAAGCCCCAAACAACAUGGUCGAGCUGUCUCUGCUGCGUUUGUACUUCGAAGUGAGUCGCCUGAUUGGCCUGUCCAACCUCCACUACAGCUUCAAGGAGCGGCGCUUCGUCCUUAACCAUGUACCGACAGUGCUCUACUGCCUACUGCUGAAUGUGACCUAUCUGCUGAUCCUUCCAUUCGCCCUCUUCCUGCUUACUGGUAACAUAUACGAGUGUCCAGAUAAGGGCAUGUUCGGAGUGGUCUACAAUGUAGUUGGCUUAGCCGAGCUGUUCACCUUUGUGCUCCUCAUUGGCAGUACUUGGAUUCAGAGAUGUCGCUUGCAGAGACUGGGAAAUGACUUGAUGGGCAUGCUUCACAGGUUCCGCUUUGCCUUGGGCAAUGACUGCCGAAAGAAGACCCUGUGGAAGGUCUUGCUGACCAGUUCGAGGUUCAUGCUGCUCACCCAGCAGCUCGUCGCACGGGAUUCGGUGGUGCACUGUGAAGUGAAUUCCAAGCUAAGGAAAACACUGCUUCCAUACUACAGAGCGGCCAUUGUAUACUCCCAGAUUAUGCUUCUCCUGGUGAUCUAUGUGGACCUGACUGUGUACAUGGUCCAGGUGUCGGGGAAUUGGUUGCUGACCAAUAUGACCCAGAAAGUGGAAGAUAUGAUCCAGGAUCUUAAGGCUCUGCCCCAACGGGGAGGUCUUCCUAGGGAGAUGGCUCUCAGACAGAUACUGCCCGCCUGGCGGAGACUAUGGAGGCGCUGCCUUCACUUGGAUUCGGUUCUCCGGGAGCUCUUGGAGGUCUUUCAAUGGCAAAUACUGUUUAACCUGCUCACAAUUUAUAUUUUCAACCUAGCUGCCUUGUUUCGAUUGUGGAUUUAUCUGUCGUUUGACAAAAACUAUAAUGUCUAUAAGGGCAUUGUGUAUUCCAUUCUGUUUCUCACCCAUCACUUGGAGCUUCUGAUGCACUUUUCCGUCUUCGAGACGAACCGCUCCAAUUGGUUGGAACUCUGGGGUAAGGUGGUCAAGCUUUGGUAUACGAAUUAUUCGGGUGACGGACUUAAGAACAGACACGGAGUGAUGCUCUCCAGGCAGUUGGAAAUAUCACUUUUCUAUCUCAAUCGGAAGCUUCAACUGCACCCGCAGCGCGUAAGACGUCUUCAUAUCGCUGGCUUAUUCGACAUAAGCAAGUCUUCAAUUCACCAGAUGACCAGAUCUUUAAUCACCAAUGUCAUGGUUCUAUACCAGAUAGCCUACAAGAUAUAUGGUUGAGAUAAAUCUUAUAAAUCUCUUAACACUUGCAAAAACAUUAUAAAUAUUAUUUUUUA